CUUAUUUCCCCUUGCUCUGGAAAUAUACAUCCUCAGCUUUGCCCUGUCUGCUUCAGUGAUGGGGCAGUGUGCAUGCCAAAGCACGACAAUCCAUUGUAGACUCUCCUUUUUUUCAUUUAAUUCCUCAACUUUACUGAGUUUGUCGUUUUUAACCUGUUUGUUGCCAUGUUGCGUGUUCUUGUAGAAUCGGCUAAAGGGCUGCCUAAAAAGAAAGUUGGGCAACCUGAUCCAAUUGCCAGUGUGAUUUUUAAAGAAGAGAAGAAGAAAACAAAAUGGAUUGACAAUGAGCUGAAUCCUGUGUGGAACGAGGUGCUUGAGUUCGAUCUGAAGGGCACCGGGCUGGACUCUAGCUCCUACAUAGAUGUGAUUGUGAAAGACUAUGAAACUAUUGGGAAAGAUAAAUUCAUUGGGUCAACUAAAAUCUCUCUGAAAGACCUCGCCUCUGGUCAGACCAGAUCACUGCCAUCCAAAAAUAUUCCUUUGGCCAAUGAAAGUGGACAGAAUAUUGGAGCUACAAUUAACCUCGUGAUUGGCUAUGAUCCUCCACCCAAUGCUGCACCAAACCCCAAUGACCCUCUGGCAGGUGAUGCCACAGUGGAUGCUGGGGGUGGUGGGGGUGGUGCUGAGGAAGGGGACGAGACUCUCCCAGAUGGGGGCCAAAGUGGCUCCUCAGGGGUCCCCUCGGGUCAGCCCGUUAACCUCCGCCAGCGGUUGAACAGGGGACAGAAUCGCCACAGACUAGUUGAUAAACCUCAGGACUUCCAGAUUCGUGUCCGGAUCAUCGAGGCCCGUCAGUUGUCUGGCAACAACAUCAAACCAGUGGUGAAGGUGAAUGUGUGCGGCCAGACCCACAGGACCAGGAUCAAGAGGGGAAACAACCCCUUCUUUGAUGAGAUAUUCUUCUACAAUGUCCACAUGCUGCCAUCGGAUCUUUUUGAGAAGCACAUCAGCUUCCGGGUGUAUAAUUCCUAUUCACUGAGGGCUGACAGUAUCAUGGGAGAAUUCAAGCUGGACGUUGGUUAUGUGUAUGAUGAACCCGCCCACUGUGUGAUGAGGAAAUGGCUCCUGCUGAAUGAAUCCGAUGAGUCCAGCUCUGGGGCCAAAGGCUACCUCAAAGUCAGCCUCUUCGUAGUUGGGGCUGGAGAUGAGCCUCCGGCGGAGAAGAGGGAGUUAAAUGACGAUCAGGAUGACAUAGAGAGCAAUCUGCUGCUGCCAGCUGGCAUGACUCUGCGAUGGGCCACCCUGUCACUGAAGGUGUUCAGAGCUGAGGACAUUCCCCAGAUGGAUGAUGCAUUUGUUCAGAGCAUGAAAGAAAUGUUUGGAGGGGAAGAAAACAAGAAGAACCUGGUGGAUCCCUUCUUGGAGGCUUGCUUCGCUGGCAAGAAGGUGUGCACUCAGAUCAUUGAGAAGAAUGCAAACCCAGAGUGGAACCAAGUGCUGAACCUCCAAGUAAAGUUCCCCUCCAUGUGUGAGCGUGUCAAACUGACAGUGUUUGAUUGGGAUCGUUUGACAAGAAAUGAUGCUGUUGGCACCACAUACCUGAACCUUGCCAAGAUAGCCUCCUCUGGUGGAGAGAUAGAAGAGGAACGUGCGGGGAGUGGGGAAAUACCAUCAUACGAAGCUACCACGGGGCAGUCUGAAGUGGGUUUCUUGCCCGCUUUUGGGCCCUGCUAUGUCAACCUGUACGGCAGCCCCAGAGAGUUCACCGGCCUGCCAGACCCCUAUGAGGAUCUCAAUUAUGGCAAUGGAGAAGGAGUGGCGUACAGGGGCAGGAUCCUGGUCGAGCUGUCCACUAUGCUAGAGAAAAAAGAAGACAAAACAGUGGACAGUAUCCACAGUGAUGACAUCCUGGUGGUGCAGAAGUACCAGAGGAGGAGGAAGUUCAGUUUGUGUGCAGUCUUCUACAGCGCAUCCAUGAUACAGGAACCAGGAGAGCCAAUCCAGUUUGAGGUCAGCAUUGGUAACUACGGCAACAAAUUGGACACCACCUGCAAACCGCUGGCCUCCACCACUCAGUAUAGUCGUGCUGUAUUUGAUGGUAACCACUACUAUUACCUGCCCUGGGUGAACACUAAGCCAGUGGUUGUGGUUCUCUCGUACUGGGAGGACAUUAGCCACCGCCUAGACUCUGUCAACAUCAUUCUCUACAUCACUCACCGCCUGCAAUCCAACCUGGAGGCAUUUAAAACGGCCAUCUUGGCUAAAGUCUCAGAAAGUCAACUUGUAGAGGUGUGGCUGAAGUUGCUCAACCAGCUGAUUGAAGACCUAGAAAGUUUCCCAACACCUGAGCUCGAAGGUCGCUCCAACCUGACAUCUCUGGACAUCCAAAUCAAGAAGCUGAGAGACAGCGCUUUGGCCAACAUCAAGGAUGGAGCCAGGCGCAUGAGAGAGGAGGCCAGAGAGAUCCGUGACACUCUGCCUGACUUAGAGACCUGGCUGGACAAACUUAAACUGCUUGCGGAGGAACCCCAGAACAGCAUGCCCGAUGUGAUCAUCUGGAUGAUACGUGGGGAGAAGAGGGUGGCCUACAGUCGCAUUCCCGCCCACCAAUUACUCUACUCAACAUACAGUGAGCAGGCCUGCGGUCAGCACUGUGGAAAGAUACAAACUGUCUAUUUAAAGUACCCCAUGGAUAAGAACAAGGACCUGAAGGUGCCAGUUCAGAUUAGAGUCAACAUGUGGCUGGGUCUGUCUGCACAUGAGAAGAAGUUCAACUCGUACUCUGAGGGAACCUUCAGCGUGUUUGCUGAGCUGUAUGAGAACCAGGCCCAGGUUUUUGGGAAGUGGGGAACCACAGGACUAGUGGGGCGCCACAAAUUUUCCGAUGUAACUGGCAAACUGAAGCUGAAACAAGAACACUUCCUGCCCCCGAGAGGAUGGGAGUGGGAAUCUGACUGGGUCAUUGACCCAGAGAAAGCUCUCUUAACGGAGGCAGAUGCUGGACACACUGAAUUCAUGGACGAGGUGUACCAAAAUGAGACCCGCUUCCCAGGUGGAGAGUGGAAGGCUGCCACUGAGCCCUUCACUGAUGUGAAUGGAGAGAAGAGCCGUAACCCUGGAGAGUUUGAGUGUCCUCCAGGUUGGUUGUGGGAAGACAAGUGGACUGUGGAUGACAACAGAGCCGUGGAUGAUCAAGGCUGGGAGUAUGGAAUCACUAUACCCCCAGAAGACAAGCCCCAUUCCUGGGCCUCUGCUGAGAAGGUGUACCACGUCCACCGCAGGAGACGGCUGGUUCGAGCGCGCAAAAGAGCCACACUGCCUGCAGGAGCCCUUGUGGAGAAGCGAGACCAAGGGGAUCCUGAAGGCUGGGAAUUCUCUUCUCUGAUUGGCUGGAAGUUCCACAAGAAGGAGCGUUCAUCGGACACGUUUCGUCGACGGCGCUGGAGGCGGAAGAUGGCGCCCGAGAAUCGGCACGGAUCUUCUGCCAUCUUCCAACUGGAGGGGGCAUUGGGUGUUGAUACUGAGGAAAAAGACUCAAAGGCCGACGCCACCAAGCUGUUUGGUGCCAACACGCCCACUGUGUCCUGCUCCUUUGACAGGUCACAUAUGUAUCAUCUUCGUGUCUACGUCUAUCAAGCACAGAACUUGGCAUCUAUGGACAAAGAUAGUUUUUCUGAUCCCUACGCACACGUCUCCUUCCUGCAUCUUAGUAAGACAACAGAAAGCAUGCAGGCAACACUGAACCCCACCUGGGACCAAACUCUGAUCUUCAGUAAUGUGGAGAUUUAUGGAGACCCCCAGAAUAUUGCUCAGCGCCCCCCUGAUGUUGUUCUGGAGUUCUACGACAAAGACCAAGUGGGGAAGGAUGAGCUGCUGGGCCGCAGUGUUUUUUCACCACUGGUAAAGUUGAAUCCAGGCAUGGAUCAGACACCCAAACUGCUGUGGCAGCCCAUCAUCCAUAAAGGACAAAAGGCGGGGGAGGCACUGGUGUCUGCAGAACUCAUUCUUAAAGAUGAGUCAGGUGAUUCAAAUCUUCCCCUGGUCCCCCCAAAGAGAGCAGAGAACCUCUACAUGGUUCCUCAGGGAAUCCGGCCUGUGGUGCAGCUCACUGCUGUGGAGAUUCUCGCAUGGGGCCUGAGGAACAUGAAGCCGUACCAGCUUGCUUCAGUGUCUUCCCCUAGCCUGGUGGUGGAGUGUGGGGGGCAGAGGGUGGAGUCAGCCAUUAUCAAGAACAUGAAGAAGAGUCCCAACUUCCCCAGCUCUGUUCUCUUCAUUAAAGUGCUCCUUCCAAAGGAGGAGAUGUACACACCUCCCAUUGUCCUGAAGGUGAUUGACCACCGUCCGUUUGGCAGGAAGCCUGUGGUGGGUCAGUGCACCAUAACUUCUCUGGAGCAGUUCAGAUGUGACCCUUACAUCAUCACCGCAGAAGGAUCCAUGUCUUCCAAAAUGGCUCUGAUGGCUUCUCCUUCCAAACAUCUCUCUAUUAACAUGGAGGAGAACAGACCACUCUUAGAAACUCAGUUCAUGUACAGCAUAUCAGCUGCUGUCAACAAAAUGGCUUCCCCUACUACCUCCUACUUUAUUGAAGAGAAGGAAAAAGAGACAGUCGAUUGGUGGAGCAAAUUCUACGCUUCAACUGGAGACCAGCAAAAAUGCGGCCCCUACCUCAAAAAAGGAUACGAUACCCUCAAAGUGUUCGACUGCGAACUGGAGGAUGUCCCAGAGUUCAAAGGGCUGACUGAUUUCUGCAGCACCUUCAAACUGCUGCGGGGCAGGAAUGAAAGUGGUGAUGAUGACCCCUCUGUAGUUGGAGAGUUCAAGGGUUCAUUUAAGGUGUACCCCCUGUCGGACGACCCAGGUGUUGUUCCUCCUCCCCGUCAGUUUAGAGAGCUGCCAGAGAGCGGACCUCAGGAGUGUCUGGUCAGGAUCUAUGUGGUCCGGGCCAUAGACCUGCAGCCCAAAGACAAUAAUGGCAACUGUGAUCCAUACAUAAAGAUUUCACUGGGAAGGCACACAGUUGAUGACAGAGACCAUUACUUACCCAACACCACCAGCCCUCUGUUUGGAAGGAUGUUUGAGAUGACGUGUUUCCUGCCCCAGGACAAGGACCUGAAAAUCUCCGUCUAUGACUAUGAUCUCCUGACCCGCGACGAGAAGGUCGGCGAGACCGUGAUUGACCUGGAGAACCGCUUCCUGUCCCGAUAUAACUCCUAUUGUGGCCUGCCACAAACCUACUGCAUUUCUGGUAUUAACAAGUGGCGGGACCAGCUGAAGCCUUCCGAGAUCCUGGAUAACCUGGCUCGUCUAAAAGGCCUGUCCAAGCCCAGGACAGAAGACAACGGCACAUCACUCACCUUCAAUGGCAAAGAAUACACGCUGGCUGAGUUUGAGAAUAACAGGGAAAUUCAUGAGCACUUGGGUCCGGCCCUAGAACGCCUCUGCCUGCACGUGCUCAGAAAACAGGGACUUGUCCCUGAACAUGUGGAGACCAGGACCCUUUACAGCAGCUUCCAGCCCAAUAUCUCUCAGGGAAGGCUACAAAUGUGGGUGGAUAUUUUCCCCAAAAGCAUUGGCCUCCCUGGACCUCCCUUUGACAUCACACCACGCAAGCCUAAGAAGUAUUUCCUGCGCGCUGUGAUCUGGAACACCACAGACGUGACUUUAGAUGAGACCAGCAUCACAGGAGAACGCAUGAGUGACAUCUAUGUCAAAGGCUGGAUGCCAGGCAUGGAGGAGGACAAGCAGAAGACCGAUGUCCACUACAGGUCUCUGGACGGAGAUGGCAACUUUAACUGGAGGUUUGUCUUUGGAUUUGAGUACCUGCCUGCUGAACAACUCUGCCUCGUGUCCAAGAAGGAGCACUUUUGGAGUCUUGACAAAACAGAGUUUAGAAUCCCCCCCAAGCUGAUUGUUCAGAUAUGGGAUAAUGACAAAUUCUCAUUGGAUGAUUACCUCGGCACAGUGGAGCUGGAUCUGCGUAACCUGGUUGCUCCUGCCAAGACCCCAGAGAAGUGCGCUCUCAAGAUGAUGGAUGAUCUGGAAAUUGGAGCUCCACACAAGAUGGAGCAGGCCAAGUCUCUGUUUGCUCAGCAGUCAGUCAGGGGCUGGUGGCCCUGUUCCAUUGAACAGGGUGGAAAGAAGGUCCUGGGCGGCAAAGUGGAGAUGACACUGGAGAUCAUAGGUGAAGCAGACGCAGAUGCGAAACCUGCAGGAAAAGGAAGGGACGACCCCAACAUGAACCCACACCUGGACCCUCCCAAACGCCCAGACACGUCCUUCUUUUGGUUUACCAACCCAUGUAAGACCAUGAAGUUCAUUGUGUGGAAAAGGUUCAGGUGCCUCUUCAUCGGACUCAUCAUCCUCGUCAUAGUGGUGCUCUUCCUCGCCAUCCUGUUGUACUCUUUACCGAACUACAUCUCAAUGAAGAUAGUGAAACCACUACAAUAAUCUGACAACGGAGGAGCAGCAGAGCUGGAAAAGACUAUUUUCUACAGGAUGAUCAUUCUACGGCCAAGCUAUCUCAAUCUUUAUUUUUAUUUUUUUACUGCCUACACAUUAUUUUAUAAAGGUCUGAAUGGGUUUAGGGGUGCUUGCACAAUUGCACUAUCCUAUCAUAUUUUACCAUGAACACUUAG